GUAACGGAGUGGGUGGGAUUGUUAUGAAACUUUUUUAUUCAGUGCCAUUGUUUAAAAUGUGAAUUACGGUCUGAUGACAGUGCGAUGAGCGUUUUCGGUGACUUCCGAAAUGUUUGGGCACAGAGAUUCCCAGGAAGCAGUUUGCCAGCAGCUUGGGAAGAAGAUGUCAGAACAAACCUUGCCAAACACAAACAGAAAGUUGCAGUCUUGAAGGAAGAAUUAGAGAAAGAAGAAUUUUACGUGGAAUAUCUCGAAAGACUUUUGUUAGAUGUCGAAAAACACAGAUCGAAAGUUUCAGACAACGAAGAAUCGAGUUCCGAAAAAGAUGACGCUCAAAAUGAAUCUAAACGCGCAGCUAGUGUUAACGAGACGUCCACCGAAGCAGUUGUUGACGGAGUAGGAGAAAUAGAGAAGAGUAUACAGCACGAAGAUACAGUGGAAAGGAAUGACAGUUCUGUCCAUCAGUGUGUGAGUGAAUUAGCGUCCCCUGAAUCCAAGGUUUCCAGAUCCAAUAGUGAAGUUACAGAGAGGCCAUCAGGUUGUGGUAAAGGACAUGACAAUAGACGUGUGAGGAGCAUAACGCACCCGAAUAUAUCAAAUUAUAUAACAGUUAUUGAAGUUAAUGGAUUGAAUGCUGCAAAGCGAGAAGGGCAAAAGGAUGCUAUCAACAAAGAGCAAAAGGAUGCAGCCAACAGGGAUGUACCAAUUCCGAAAAAGGUACCUCCAAAACCACCACCUAAGAGGAUUAGUAAUGUUCGAGGAGAACUUUAUUCGGUGAUUGCAGCUGAAGAUUUAGCAUGCACCAGGCUGGAUGAAAAUGCUAGUGAUACAUUGGGUAGUGCUUCAAACAGUGAUAGAGCUGAGAGAAAAGAGAAGAAUGUUGACACUGAUCAAAGUGACGCAGCAUUCAGUGAUAGGAGUGCUAGCAGUUCUCUUGAACGAAGUGCUUCUGGGGAAGAUGGAGUUAAAAAUAAAAAUGAUGCAUAUAAUCUUACAUCAAGUAGAGAUUCCAUAAUGAGUGACAGUGGUGAAGGUUUAAAAUGUUUGCAGCAGGAUGAUGAAGAAGAACCUUACUAUGAUUCUGUCGCUCAAGAUGGAGACUAUGUUUAUUUACAAACAGGUGAUGGUGUCAGUACUAUGACAAGUGGUACCAGUUCCGGAAUGACAGACACUGAUACUGAAGGAGCAAUGAUGACACUUCCUUCUAACAGUCCUCUCUCACAAUCGCAGUUAGAACUGUUGAAAGCCACCACACCAGCACCACACUCUCCUGACAAGCAGUCAAAUUAUGUGAACAUUGACUAUUUUAUAAAACAUCAUAGUGCCACUGAAAAUCGGAGCAGUUCAGUUGAAUCUGAAGACGAAAUAGAUGCUCCAAUCCUGAUGCGAACAAUAUCAAUGGACACUGAAGCAACAGAUGAUGUUAUUAGCAAUAUUUCUUAUGCCAGUAGUUCAUCACUAGAAUCAAAUAAAAAAGCUUCAUUUCAGGAAGCAAAUAAAGCUGAAGCUGAGAGGAUGACCAUGUAUCGGUGUAUAAUAUCGAGUAUCAUAGAAAGCGAAACGAUAUACCUGGAAUGUUUGAAUGUUAUGCUACAGUACAUGAAAGCCAUCAAAGCAACACUGACAACGUCACAGCCAGUCAUAUCAGAAGAAGAAUUCAACACCAUUUUUUACAAGGUUCCAGAUUUACACAGCCUUCACAGCAGAUUUCUGGAAGGGCUUAAAAGACGUACUCAGAACUGGGAUGGAAGGCUUACCAUUGGUGAUCAUUUUCGAAUCAUGGCAAGCAACAUCAAUAUAUAUGGUGCUUUCCUGCACAAUUAUGUUCGAGCUACUGAAACAGUGAAGAAAUGCAGUAGUAAUAAUCAACAAUUUGGAGAAAUAACACGUGACAUUCGUCUUAAAUCUCUUAAUGGCCAGAGUUUGUCAUUAGAGGAUCUCUUACACAAGCCAGUAGCACGUGUUCAGAAGAAUGCACUAGUGCUUCAUGAUUUGCUGAGGUAUACUCCAGAAUCCCAUCCGGAUCACAAAACUUUAACUGAUGCGCUGAAGAUGACACAGAAUUUCUUAGAUGAAUUCAACAUGAUCCAGACAAAAACAAUGUUUCCAUCAGCUGACAGAGCCCAGAGACGGCUUGUGAAAAAUUCCUUUAUAGUGGAACUUUCGGAUGGCCAGCGCAAAUUACGCCAUUUGUUCCUCUUCAAUGAUGUUCUAGCCUGUGCCAAGUACAAGGCUUCUGGACGAGACAAAUUCACAUUUGAACUGAAAUGGUAUAUUCCAUUAGGUGAUAUUGUUAUCUUUGAGGAACCAGCUGUUGAGCCACGAGAAAAUUCACCAGCUAACAUUGUUGCACUUAAAUCUCAAGCUUGCACUGUGAGAGACCAAAUUCUUUGGGAUGAAAAGAAUGAUGACAAGAGGUUGCGUCUGGGAAGCAGAUCAGAGAAACAGCGUAAGAAAUUGGCUGAUUUGGAGGCACAGCUGGUUUUGGCGUCACCAAAUCUUGUCUUCAGAGUUGGAAAUCGCAGUUCAAGAACUUACACAUUUUUCCUUUCAUCCGAGUUUGAAAGAACACAGUGGAUUGAUGCAAUUCAUGCUCUGCAGUCAUGCCAACUUCCAAGCCCAAAUGUUUCUGUCAGCAUGUAUGAAUUGCAAGCAUGGAUCACUGCCUGCCGUAAUUACUUGAAGACUGACAUGGGAUCCUACUUACUGCGGACAGGCAGGGAUGAGAGUUUAUUAGUGGGAGAUCUCUACAUCACUCUACAUGAGCUUCAGGGACUGGAUCAUCCUGCAGAUUUAUUUGUAUGUGUUGAAGUGGACUCAUACGGACACUACUUUCGUAAAGCCAAAACAAAACUUGUUUGCAAUUCAGCUGCACCACGUUGGAAUGAGGAAUUUAUUAUUGAACUGGAAGGAUCUCAGAACCUGAGAAUUCUUCUGUAUGAAGAGAGCCAAGACAGAGCAAUACUUAGGGCAAAGUGCACUCAAGUUUUAAGCAGAUCAUGGUUAGGGGAUCAGCAGGUUGCAAAAUCCAUGCCACUUCAGAACUGUACCUUAAAAAUAUCAUUAAAAUUUGUGCCAAGUGAGGUAACGCUCAGGAGAGUUCCUGCUGCAAAAACCUCAGGACUGUUUGGGGCUAAAAUUCAACAAGUUUGCAAGCGUCAGAAGAGAACUGUUCCUUUCAUAAUGACAUCCUGUGUUAGGGAAGUCGAACGCCGGGGAAUGAAUGAAGUUGGGAUAUAUAGAGUUUCAGGCUCAGCUUCCGAUCUCAACAAGCUGAAAAAAUCAUUUGAAACCAAUUCUUAUGAAGCUGAACAGCUGCUAAAGGAAGUGGACAUUCAUUCAGUCACUGGUAUUUUGAAAUUGUACCUACGUGAACUUCCAGAGGCUCUUUUUACCGAUGAACUGUAUCCAAAAUUUUUGGAAGCUUUUAACACUGGUACUAAUGACGAAGCAAAGCAGCGAGCUUUACGACAAUGUUUCACGCUCUUGCCUCAGCAGAACCAGGAGAUUAUUCAUUUUCUACUUGCUCAUCUCAUGAAGAUCAAUCAGCAUGAAAGCCAGAACAAAAUGUCUCUACAUAAUCUUGCUACAGUAUUUGGACCUACAUUACUUCGACCUGGUUCAGCUAAAUCUGAGUCUUCCAAACAGAGGGACCAAUUGGCAGCUAGUACAGUAGAUGUUAUGGCACAAGCUGGAAUACUGUAUUAUUUUCUUAAAGACUUCUCACAAAGUUGAGGUGCUUGUUUAGAUGUAUAACUACGGGUCAGAUGGAAAGAUGUAAUUCUUGUAAUUAUUGCAAUAUAAUGUUCCAUAAAUAUUUGUAUAAAAAUUUCUAUAUAGUACACAUGUAUUUUGUAUAUGGAACUCUUUUUGUGAUUGCGGUGCAGAUAAUCAUAACAUAAUAAUAAGUAAAUAGAUACAGUAGCUGUUUAUACACUUGUAAUUACUUGAAUGAUCUAGUCAUGUACCAGAGCAAAAAUUUAUUAGUAGACAGAAUGGUAGCUGUUUAAAUUGUAUGUUCUGUAAGCAGUAAUUUAUUAAUGAGGAUGACAAUCUGUGUUAUGUUUCAAAAUGUAUUUUUACUUAUAAUUUUGAUUUCUUGUUUACUGUAUAUAUGUGUUUUUGUAUCUCUUUAUAUGUAACAUUUUAUAAUUAUGGGAAGAUGUAAACAGAACAUGGGGGAAGUUUGCUUGACAAGCUCAAAAUAUGAAAUGAAAUGAUUGUUAGGUUUCCCCUCUCUCAUUCUUCCACAUGUCUUCUGAAUUUGGUGGAUACCAUUUUAUACUGUGACUUUUUUGUAGGAUUUAAAAAUCUUCACAUCACAUUGACAACCAAUGUGAGAUAUUGAGCAACAGUUAGUGUGGCUGCAGCUGAAAAUUUAGUACAUGCCCUAGCACAAAAAAUGUGGAUUAUACACCAACAUUUUUUUAAAAAUAUUUGUUGUCACAUGUUGGUAAUAUUGAAAAAUGGAUUGGUUGAUUAAAUUUUAUUUUUGGAGCUAUUGAAGAGGAUGUGAAGUCUUAACUUUCAUACGAAGAUCAUAUUUGAACUCUUGUAACAUAUUAUACAUUAGCCAAUAGUAUGGAGUGAUUAAUGUUGAAAUGUUUAAUGGAGACUUCAUUCAUGAUGAAUAACAGCAGUGCUGAUCAUUUAGUACUAAAGAAAUUAUUAAAGUACGAGGAGAAUGGGAACUUGUUGCCAGGCAAAAACUGUUGGUAUUCAUAAUAAUGGAUAACCAUAAAACUUUGCUGGUAUGUUGCAGUUUGAUGUGUAGUACUAUGAAAUUAGCUACUGUAUCACCAGAGCUGGGGAACAAAUCAGUACUGAAGGGGGUGCAAACAAACAAACAAGAACAACACAUAAAAGAAUAGUUUUAACACUCGGGCAGCUAACAAGAGUAUUUGAGUCACAUGAAAACUCAUGAUUAGAUUUAAUUUUGUACAUUUGAUUGGUUUGACAAUGAAAGAAAGGUACGGGCUGAAGAGCUUAAUGUAAACAAGUAAUAUAAUAUCACAGUGUUACAGUUGUUCUGUUGGAUUCUCCCAAAAUGCAGUCGCAAGCCUGUCAAUUUAGUGUUAACAUGUCAAGAAUAAUUAAAUAGGGCCUUUUACUGGUUUUAGGUUGGUUUUUGUUGUGGAAUGCAUUUGAUCAUCUUUAUCUGUUCUACUACUGAAUUUAGUAGAAUUUACUAGAUAUACAGCAAAACAUAAUGAUUCUGACGUGACUAUAUCCUGCCAUUUGCAAGACUGUUCUAAAUAAAACAAAAAGUUACAUUAUAGGAACUGAACUCACCAUAAUGUCCAUUUUUAAUUUUUGUUGAAAUGUAAAUAAUAUAUUAUUGUGGGUGUUGUGACAUAACCACAGUAUUUAACAGUUUUGUGUUUAAUGAAUUUGAAAAUUAUUCCAAUAUAUAAACUUUACAAUAAUACUAGAUCUUUGAUUUAAUUUUAAAAAUCUUGGUUCAACAUUGCAGUUGUCUGAAACUGUAUUGAGUAACUCUAUGGAAUAUAAUACUUGGAAGCAGAUAUUUUUUGUUACUUACCAGUCUGUUUUGUAGACAUCUUGCAACCAGAUACAUUUGAGUUUAAUAUUAGGAAAAAUGUGUAGAGAAUGCGUGACCAUUAUAAUAUAUUAUGGUUUGAAUAAGUGUGUGAGCUGAUUACGUGAUUCGAAAACAAAUCGCAUCCAUGAAAACAGACUUCAUGGAGCAUUUUAUUUUCCUCUCCCUACAAGCAUAUUGGCUAGAAAUAUAGCCACCAAUGCAUAACUUGCAAUAGUGUAAUUUACAUGUUGUGUUUGAAAGCUGCAGCCACAUGUAUGACUAAGAGGAAAAAGUUAAAUGAACUGUUUGUGGAAUAAUAUUUUUUCUAUCAAAAUGAGGGACAGUACUUUUCUCAUUUUUAGGUGAUGGAAACUCUUAGUAAACUUCACUUUGUUGUAGCUCUGUGAAUAUUUAUUCAUUCCAGAAUAAAUUAGUUUAAUGGUUUUUCAUUUAUUGUUUUUAUUUUAUCUGUUUUCUCGAAAAAUUUCAUAUCCUACAAAUGCCAUACUGAACUAUUGCAUUCAUGCCAGUGAAAUUAACGUGUACAUAAUUAUUCUGUUAAAUUGCCUUUCUUGUUAAUAUUGGACUUUUAAUUUCUUGUAAUGUCUGUGAUGCUUUAGUGCAGCCUUUUAUAGUAACAGACAUUUUGUCUCAAAUAGACUGUAAGGGUAUUUAAUCUUGUCUGAGUAUCUAUAAGUCUUGCCACAGAGUUGCAGGGUACAGGCUGAAUACCUGUAAAGAGAGAUGUGUUGAGUAGUGCCUUCUGGAAUACAAAUAAUUGAGUUACCAAUCUUCAGACAAUCUUGAACGACUUCACUCUCUUCCAGUCGCUCUGCUUUUAAUGUAAAACUAGUGGCACAUAAUUUUUUACUACCAUUGUAAAAUGUUACCUGUAUAGUCAGCCAUUUUGUUGGCAGUGUUUGUACAUCUAGUUGACUCUUCCAGCUCAGCAGUAAAUUAAUAGAACACAUGAGAAGCAUUUAAUUACUUGUGUCUAUUAGUUGCUUUAUUUGUAUCUUUCAGUGGAAUCAUGGCUUAUGAUUGUCCCUGUAAAAAAAAACUUAGUAUUAAGGGACCAAUAUUGUUACAAUUAUCAUUACAUACUGUUUUUGUGCUUUUUAUGAUGUUUACAAAAAUAGAAUCAUGUGAUUCCAGUUAUGCAACAUUCCCAAAAAUCAUCCAUCAUUUGGAGGUAGCUUUUGUGAUAUAAAGAGGUAUGCCAAAGGCAGUUUAAUCCAUAAAUGCAAAGAACAUUUUGUGCACAUAUAUAAUAUGUUGUGAGUCUUAAACUUUUUUUAUAUAUUGUAUUUUUUUUAUUGAUGUUAUGUAUCCAAAAGAAAGCAGCUGUGAAUAAACAUAGAUCAAUAGUUCA